AUGGCCCAACCCUCACCCGCUCCUUUGCAGUCUGCUCAGGCUCCUCAGGCAUUCGCCAUCGAAGCAGGCGAUCCGUUAGUAUCUUCUCAUUUUUCUCGCCGCCUCUCCUCCGAACAUCACCUCUCUUCUUCCUACCACGUCACGUCCUCGGUCGUUUGGCAUUGCUUUCUCGCCUACCGCGCUCUCCUACACUGCAUCGCAGCCUUGUGGUUAUGUUUUGCAUUGAGUACACCCCACAACCGAGUCCCAACAAGCAGGAGAGCCCUCCCUACUCACCUUUCACAUGAGAGAUAUACCCCUCCCUCCCUGCCUCCCUCGACUGUUGAGAACGAGUCGUCAGAACUCCAUCUGAAACUAGUUAUCAGCUCAGGUUCGGUUCCAGAGCGUGCUGACAUAUCUUGUUCUCUUAUUCCUCAAUUGCGUGACGACCAUCAAUUUGUCCAGCGCCAGAACUUUAUUCCUUGGUUAAGGGCUCAGCUUGAGAUUGAUCCUAUCGAUGAAUCAGCCCCGAAUCCUGAACCUUUGGUCAACUACAUCAAACGGCGAUUAGCGCUGAUUCAAGCUCAGCAUCAGUCCAAGACAGCGAACCCGUCAGCUCUGCCCACCCCAGCCCAGCCUCCAGCAAGUGCUCCUUCCUCUUCACGUGCACCUCACGACGCCCAAUCUACGACGAGUGACGGUUUCCAGCCGAACUCGUCCGUCCAACGCACCGAAUCUACCUCGCAUCCUGGCGCGCUCAUCAAUCAUGGUACGUCUGUCAACGGGAAUGGUUUGCAUAACCCUACAACCAAUAAUGCCCAAGCCGUACAAGAUUUAUCCUCCUCUCAUCAGGCUUCUUCCCAUAAUUUUUCACCAGCCCUCACGGGACAGAUGACCUACAGCAGUCAGCUUGGGGCUAUUGCAGACGCGCACAUGGGCAGCCCCUCCACGGGUGUAGCAUCUACACAUCCCCUGAACACGCUAGCACCCAAUCAAAUGGAAGCACAGUCUUAUCAUGAGCGAAUCCAGCAGUCCGCCUUGGCGCACGAUCAACAACAACCUCUUCUAGGUUUUUCAAACGAACAUGCGGCUAGGUAUCAGAAGCAUCCUGACUUACCUCAAAUUCAGCAUCAACAAGUUCCGCUACAAGAAAUGCCACAAUAUCAACCACAGCACUCUAUGCAUCAUCAGCUCACUCCGCGAGACCAGCAACUAUUACUGCAGCAACACCAUGCGCGACUAGCACUGUCAGCUCAGCCAUCGUCGACUUCAACAAACUCUCAAUCUUCUCCACAUGCGCAACUGAUCCAAUCGAACCAAUUCAAUGGGCAUCUUCAACAACUUUCACCGCAAGUCAAUUCAUUUCCUACUAAUGGCUUCGUCUACUUCAACAAUCCUCAUAUGGGUCAUCUUGACUCUAGCAGUCAGCCUCGAUUUCCUGAUUCAAUGUCGCAUAUACCUUCCAAUUCACUACACGGUGAAACUCGACCACUCGCCUCAUCCAUGCAACAUAUCCAACCCGGGUUAGAUACGAGCGUGCCCAAAAUACCACCUGCUGUAUCUAGCUCCUCGGAAACAUUUUCACAAUCUAGCAAACCUGAACCUCAGGAGAACAAUGAACCUAAAGCAUCUUUGGUGAAUCAACCGCGUACUACUCGCAGUAACACGGCGGCGGCAAAGAAAAAUUUGCAAGGUGGCAUCUCUCCUGAAACCAUCAAAUUAGCUCCGCCACCUGUUGCACCCAAUCGCAGCAACGGGGCUAAGUCGGCUUCUCCCGUACCUGCCGAACAACCUGCAGUUGCACCUGCUCCUCAGCAAGUGAAUGACCAAUACAGUCGCAAAGCAUGGAAGAGUCGAUUGUCUACCCUCAGAGCCGAACUGGAUCAUAUCCAGAAGACGCCUACGAGAACAUCCAACAAGUUGAUCAAACUCUUGAGUGUCUACGCCAUAUCUCCGACGCCCCAGUCUGGUGAUUGGUCUACCGUCCCCCCGGAAGGAAGACUCGAAGUCUUGACAGCUAUCAGACCCAGUGCAAACAAAGACUUUUACAAUGCUUGGGCCGCGGAAAGCAAGGGACUUGGCCUCUUGGAAUCAUGGCUCAAAGGCUCAGUUCACGCUCACGAAAGGGCAAAGGCGAAAGUAGCUGAUGAUCAAGACGCAGAAUUUCAAGAGCGAGAUGCGGUUCUGCUGUCAUUACUACAGAUGCUCGAAAAGAUGCCAAUCACCUUGGAUAACCUAAAGAGUCACACCUUUGCCAAACAAGUCUUGCGGAUCAACAAAGAAGUGAACGCCCAAAGGUUCUCAGACAACGUCAAGACCCUGUCUAGAAAAUUGGAACAACAGUGGCGAACAGCAGUCAGGGAUGCCUCUACAGCCAAGUCGAGCAACGCGUCUGCCCUCAAAGAUAACAAGAAGCGAAAUGAACCUUCGCCUGAGCCAGCCACUGUCAAAAAACGCAAAGUGGAGCCUGUCACGAAACCCUCCUCAGCCAACAAAGUGCCCGAUGGGCUCUUUGGGAGGCAGGGGCAGAAACUACCAGCAUUUUCGAAAAAGAAGCCUGAACCAGUCCCACCUCAGGCCACCGUCGCGCCGAAUGAUCCGUUUGCUGAAGCAAUGGCCGCCUUGAAAGAGAAAAAUGCCAUCCUCGGUUUGGGCGAGGUCAACAUGGCCUCUUCCGCGCCACCGAAAGCCAAGCCGAAUGGCAAACCAUCAAAGCGAGUAACAUUUGCGCCGGAUGAUAAGUUAUGUCAAAUCAAGAUUGUUGAGAGAUUGGUCUAUGAGGGUGAAGAAUUUGAGCAUCAUCCUUUGGGAGAUGCGCGAAAGAUGGAUGCGGUCGAGGGUCGAUAUCUACAUCAUGCGGAAGAGUUCUUGGAGGAGGAGAUGGAAUGGGUCACACCUUUGGAGGUUAUCUUGACAGCUGAGACUAUAGCCAAUCUUGAAACUUCUCCGUUGGAAUCGCCAGAAGCUGCGAAGCAGGAAGAGCGUGAGAAGACUGUGGUCGAGGUUAUAUACUAUGAUGAGAGUCAAAUACCUGAGUCGCCCGACGAACCCCCUGAGUGCGAUCGUGGAAUUGAAGAUGGUAGCGGACAUGUACCAAAGUUAAUGAAACUCGGUGGCGAAUUGCUCACCGAUCCAGAGAUCCCGCGAUUGAUUGCCCGAGCUCAUGCUGAUAACACGGCACCGGACGCACCCGUUGCCCCAGAUUCCGCUGUUAGCGAUAUACUGGCUCGUCUCAAUGGCGGUGUAGCGCCACCUGCCGGACCCUCUCAAAUGACAGGCCAGUCAGCGUUCCCAAACGGAAUCGACCUGGACCUCUUAACGUCAUUAUCUCAAGCAGGUUCCUUGCAAGCCUUGCUAGCUGCUUCGACACAAAUCACUACAGCCCCUGCCGUAUCACCCAUGACUACCACACAAGGAGGAAACUCUUAUGAGAAUGCGCCUCGGCAACACAACGGUUGGGGUGCAGCUGCAGGUUCAGCACGAAUGUCAGGCAAUCGAGAUAUAAAUAUUCCUACCGGUCCAAGUGCUGGAUCAGGAAAGAAAAAGGGACGGAAGCAUCGAAGUAAGGACUUCUCUAAACAGAGAUGUGUGUCUCAAUUUGAUUAUGUGGAAAAGGCUCAACACUGA